AUGAAAAGCACAUUGUUUCUCCUGUUCAUUUUGCUCUCUCAUGCUGCAUCGAAAGGGUGCAACCCAGAAGACAGAAGAGUCCUUCUCCAAAUAAAGAAAGAACUCAACAACCCAACCAUUCUCUCCUCAUGGAAACCAGACGCUGAUUGCUGCCACACUAGUACUUGGUACGGUGUGAAUUGCUUACCCCAUAAUAAACGUGUUGGCUCUCUAACUAUCUCAUUCGACAAUGAACUUAACUCUCAAAUUCCACCCUCCAUUAGUAACCUACCUUUCUUGGACGACCUAUAUUUAACCAACUUACCAAACCUCACAGGCCCAAUCCCUGAGUCCAUAUCCAAAAUCUCAAAUCUCAAAUACCUCACAAUAAGCUCAACCAGCAUAUCAGGUUCAAUACCAAACUUCUUCGCCAAACUGAAAAACCUCGUUAGCUUGGAUCUCUCAUUCAACCACCUCUCUGGGACACUCCCUCCAUCUCUUUCCAGGUUACCUAAUAUCUGGGUAAUAAACUUUAGAAACAACAAACUCACAGGUUCAAUCCCUUCUUCAUACGGGUCCUUGGCAUUAAGGGUGAACUCAUCGUAUAUCAGUUUGUCUCAUAACAGGUUUGAAGGUGAUGCCUCAAUGCUUUUUGGUUCCACCAAAUUGACAGUAUUUAUAGACCUUUCUUGGAACAAGUUUGCAUUUGAUAUGGGAAAAUUGGAAUUGACUAAGACACUAGACACGUUGGAUGUGAGUCACAAUCAGAUAUAUGGGAACCUGCCUGUGGGAAUGGAAAAUAUAUUCAUUUUCAAUGUGAGCUACAAUAGGCUUUGUGGUGAGAUUCCAAAGGGUGGCAGUCUUAAGACUUUUGAUACAUAUUUUCAUAACAAGUGCUUGUGUGGAUCCCCCCUUCCAAGCUGCAAGUGA